AUGGAGUACCCGGAUGUCGCCGAUUCUGCGGCGCGGAAAUGCUCAGGAUUUGUGUUGUGUGAAAGGCGGCUGAUUUCGAAACAGGAUGGCGUCUAGGAGGGUAACGACAGUCCACAAACUGCAGAAACCCAUUCUCGCGGAAUCAAAUAAUUCAAAGGAUGGAAGUCAGAACAACAGUGGCAGCAUUGGUGAAGAAAAAAAGAAGAAAAAACCUGCCGGUAGGAUAGUUAAGUCGCGCUAUCAGCAACCAGUCGAAAAGAAGACACUCUUAAAGACGUCGGCCACUGAAUCGAGUGCAUCCGCGAAGCCCGCGUCUCCUAAACCCGACAGCGCGCGGAAACCGUCCGUCAGCACUCCCCCCAGACGCUCUCUCGCGUGUCAGUCACUUCUCAACCCUCUGGCCUCGAACUCCAGUAUUUUGGAGCCUUCGAUCCUGGGCGGAAAUGUCCUGCAGUCGACGGUGUUGGACGGCCACUGUGUCCGACCGGAGUUUGAUGUCUCGGUAAUAGGCAAAGAGAAGAGUCAGUCCCAGAACACGCCGGAAGCAGGAAACGAGAAGGAGAACUUCGAGAAUCAGACCUUCUUGUUGGCGUACCUCACAGCCAAGAUGGAGAGUAACACCCGCAAGCUGAGGACGGAGGCGGAGUGGAGCUUGCUGGCGGUGAUGGAGGAAGAGGAGAGGCUGAGGAAGAGCGUGCACGAAAAGAGGCGACAGCACCUCCUGCUGGAGAAACACAAGCAGCUCAGCGAGCUGCUGGACUUGCAGAGUGCCGCCCUGGCCCCUGUGUCUGCGGCCGCCAGGCAGUUCACAGAGGAGUACCAGACCUUCGCCACGGCGCUGGACGCCACCCGCCAUGAGCUGCCCGUCAAGAACUUCCACAUCCCAGGAGACCGGCGUGACUUCCUGGGGCGGGCGGAGGCGUGUCUGCAGGAGAGUGAGGCCCUACUGCUGGGCUGGGGGCUCGGAGCUCAGCCAGAGAGCCAGCAGACCCUGGAGCUGCUGCAGGACGUGGGGAGAGACGCGCAGGAGCUGGGGGAGCAGCUGUCCCAGGACUUCUCGGCAGUGCUGGAGUGGGCGUCUCUGGUCAGCAGGCAGGCGGUGCAGAUACAGCAGUCCCUGGAGGAGGGCCGAAUGGGGACGUCCGUCACACAGACCCUGUACCUCCCCAAGCCUUGAUCCAGGCCCGGGUCCAGCCCCCCCCGUACCUCCCCAAGCCUUGAUCCAGCCC